GGCGGUCAAUUUAUCAGAUGAACCGGUUGCCCUCCGGACGUUUUAAACGCUGCACAUGAUUCCAGGAAGUCACUGUUCCCGGAAGCGAUUGAAGCUCGAUGGAGCAGGACAAGAUUUUGCAUGGCAGCCGGAAAAGGGCAUAUGAGAAAAUCUCAUGGCACAAUGAGUGUGAAACUUCAGUCCAAAGGGAUAUAGAGAAGCUCUUUAAUAAGAAAUUCUCCUUCCAGAAGCCGGAGGGCGACAAGUGGGUCCUGCCUGAUGCCCCUGACGCCCCCUCGGGUGAGCCGAAGCUGUCCGACAAGCUGGAGAAACUGAAGGUGUCGCUCAACCGGGUGAAGGACCAGCUGAGUGACAAGGACCUGGAGAAGUGGCACCCACACACCAGAUCCACCAACUGGGCCGGCAAGAUCAUCUCGCGGGUCCGGCAGAGCACCAAUGCAGAGCUGUGCACCCAGGCCUGGUGCAAGUUCUAUGAGGUCUUGGGCACUUUCCCCGUGCUGCCGGAAGCGGCUCUUCAGGCUGGGAAGCUGAACUCAGUACACCUGUGUGAGGCCCCUGGCGCCUUCAUCACCAGCCUCAACCAUUACCUGCGCUCCAACUACGCCUCGUGUGACUGGAAAUGGGUGGCAAAUACCCUCAACCCCUACCACGAAGGCAAUGACAUGGGCACCAUGAUUGCAGACGACCGGCUGAUUGUGGGCACUCUGUCGCGGUGGUACUUUGGUCCCGACGACACGGGGAACGUGAUGGAUCGGCGACACCUGGAGGGCCUGAUCGAGUUCACCCGGGACCAGGGCAUGGAGACCAUCCACCUGGUGACGGCAGACGGCAGCGUCGACUGCCAGGAUGACCCGGGCGAGCAGGAGGCGCGGGUGGCUCCCCUGCACUACUGCGAAGCCGUCACAGCCCUGCGGCUGCUGAGCCCCGGGGGGUCGCUGGUGCUGAAGAUGUUCACUCUGUUCGAGCGGCCCUCGGCCUGCCUGAUCUAUCUGCUCAACUGCUGCUUCGAGCAGGUGCACGUCUUCAAGCCAGCUACCAGCAAGGCGGGCAACUCCGAGGUGUACAUCGUUUGCCUGGAGUACAGGGGCCGGUCGGUGCUGGGCUCUCACCUGGAGGAGCUGGAGCGGGGCUUCGGCCCGGGGCUGCCCCGGGACUCGGCGCUGGCCCGCUCCGCCUUGCCACCUACCUUCCUCAGGCAGUUGGAGGAUUGCUGCAGCGUCUUCCACCAGCAUCAGACCACCACCAUCCGGGAGAACCUGCGGCUUUUCGCUGGCUCCACCCCCCGGGAGGCUGAACGACUGGCCCAGCGGCGGAACUGCGCCGCCGAUCACUACCUGCGCCACUUCCGGCUGAGCAACCUGUCCCGCAGACACUGGGUAUUGAAGGACUACCUGCCGGACCUGGGGUUGAUGGGCCAGUUCAAUUCCCAGAGCAAGAGGCAGCAGGCCGGCUCCCACAACCAGAUGCGGGAGCUCGCCCAGCAGGGCUGGCGGGAGCGUCUGUGCCAAGGGCCCCUGGGGCGCAAGGUGGCCGCCCACUGCGGAGGCCUCUCCACUCUCGCACCUCCCCUGCUGGAGGGGCAGGCUGAGGCUCCGGGUUGCCACCUCUGGCGUGUGCUGGAAGCCCGGGCUCUCAGCAGUCUGGCCAGCUCCCCCUUUUGUGAGGCAGAGUUCCUGCACAGCCUGAACGAGUCGUUGGAGGCGGCGGACGCAGGCUCGGCUCUGGUUCCCUGUUCCUCCUGCCACCCCCUCUCCCCGGAGCAGGUGCUGACCCAGCUCACCAAGGUGGCAAAGCCUCUAGGCGUCUCUGUCGAUCGCCUGCUGGUGCUGGGGGCCCUGGAGUUGCUGGAUCUGGGCGGGCUGUCAACCAGCCACCCCAGUCUGUCCGUACCGCUCCCCCCGAGCACACGGCUCCACGACGGCGAUCCCCGCUACCAGCGCUGGCUGCUGGAGGCCGUGCUGAAGGUGCUGACAGAGAGCAGCGAGGGCACUGCCUUCAUCUUGCCCCUCCGUUCCGCCUUCACCCGCUUCACUGCUGGCCUGGUAUUGGUGCUCAGCCACUGCUUCCGUAGCCUGUCCUUUGCGUGGCCCUUCUCAGACUCCGGCCCCAUCUGCCCAGUCGUACUGCUGGGUGUCGGCUUCCGCCAGCCGCCCGCCGAGCUGCUCGAGUUUCUGCGCCAGCUGAGUGGGCGGCUGGCAGAGCUGCAGUGGCCAGCUGGGGCAGAACCGGGCCAACAGGUGCUGCAGUUCGUGCCCACCGAAAUGCUGCUCAGCGGCUGCCUACCCAAGUUCCUCAGUGCCCUCAACAUUGCCACUUGCAGGUAUAGGCUUCACCUGGCUGUUCAGGAGGCCGAGACCUAGGUCCCAGGCGAUCGAGGUAAGGGUGUGGGGUGGUGGCAUCUUGCAGUGGGGAAGGGGGGUGGGGGGAUUGGACACGCAGUGAGUGUAGUCUCUGUCAAGCUCACCUCCGGAGGAAUUGAGAACUGCUUCGUGGCCCCGAGUCUGACAGACGGACCUGACGGUCAUAUUCUGAUCCUUUGGGACCAAACACCCAGUGCUGUCAACCUUGAGGAUGUUUGUGAUGAGAGUUAAUUUCCUGUGUGUGUUUUGCACGCGUUCUCUGUCUGUGUGUUACUCAGGAGCCAGCAGUGAGUGGGUGACGAGUGCUGGUGUUGGCACCAGGAACCACUGUAAAGCUGUGGGCGACUCUGAUGAAGGAAUGUCAUUUUGAUGUGAUUCAGGUCGAACGACUAAUGGGAGAAAGGUGAAUAACAUGGAAACAUUGUGCAAGGGUGUCAGCGGGAUUAAGCCUGGAGUCUGUCCCACUGGUUUGAUUCCCCAUUCCUGACCUCCAUCUUCUUAUUCCUCCCAGAGGUUAGCAAGUAAUUUUGUAGUAUUGAUGAGGAGAGACAAUGGAUCGGCAUUAGUAUGAAACCACCAAUGGGAGUGAUGGGAUUGUUGUCCUUUCUGUCUGGCCAUUGUGGCCCAGGCCCGGUACAAGUGUCCACUUGCAGAGAGCGUUGCUGUUCUUUCCUGGCUUUUCAGCUCAAUCCCAUUCCAGCAACACUGACCACUUUGCUUUGGGGUCUGUUCUGGAGGUGCUGAGGCACAGCACACAAGUCAGGACAGGUCUGCUUGACACCCUGCCCUAUAGCAGUGACAUUACAUUUCUUUAACAGCACACUACUUUGUGUAAACUCUCAGAGGAAGAGCAGUCUGGGGGGAUGGUUUGUGCUCCUGUCCAACGUCUGUGCUGUGGUGAAGCUGUGUAAUGUCUGUUAUACAGAGAGGGUCAUUGCAGGGAUGGAAUCAGUCAGGGUCACGUCUCUCGUUGUGCUAUAGUUCAAAUUCCGAUUAGUUAUGUUGUUGGUUUGCCUGGGACUGCAUUAUAUAUUCUGUUGUCUGUAGAUCUGUUUGAGCCUUCAGUAUAGAAAACUCUGUCCUUUGUCUUUUUUCAAUGCCCUAGAUUAUUUGUUACAUCAGUGAAAGAUAGUAAUUAAAUUAGUGGUUUAAUCAGUGCUGAAAUUCCAAACAGGAUGACAAUGCCUUGAGAGAGAAAGCAAACAUAACCUGGGCUGAGGCUAGGGUGCUGGAGACUUUAGCACAGUUCUGUAGUAAGUUUAUGUAUUGCACUCUACUGCUGCAACAAAACAAUCCUGAUGCAUGAGAGUGAUCUGAUCUCUAUUGUGGACAGAGAAUGGGAAGGGGGCAGGGACAGGGGAAUCAUGGUUGGGAAAAGGGAAGGAACAGGAUGAGCCUCUGGUUCAUUGUAUAUUAAACUAAUCUGAUGUUUGUUUAAAAAUAAAAUAAUUCUAUUUUAAAAGUGCACUUUAAAAUACGUAUCCUUUGCAUCUAAGAAAGAAAGCAAUAAAUGCUGCCCGGUCAAGGGAAGGACUUUAUCUCAGCUUAGAACCGAGAACACUACAGCUCUUUGGCCCAUCAUAUGUGCUGAGCUUUUAACCUACUUUCUGUUCCUAUGUACGAUGUCCAAGAUCAAUCUAACGGCCUCCAUUUUUCUAUCCUCCAUGUGCCUGUCUAAGAGUUUUUUAAAUGCCCCUCGUGUAUCUGCUUCUACCACCACUCCUGGCACCCCCCCCCCCCCCACUCUCUGUUUAAAAUAAAAAAACUUACCUCUGACAUCUAUACUUUCCUCCAAUCACUUUGAAAUGAUGCUUGUUUGUAUCGAUUUUGUAAAGAUGAAGAUGAGCUUUAUUUGUCACGUGCAUAUCAGAACACGCAGUGAAAUUCAGUGAGCCAGGAUCGCGCAGAGCAGCCGCAGAUAUUGCCACGUGCCAUUGUAGCAUGGGUUGUUUUCACUAACACUACCCACACGACUUUGGAGUGUGGGAGGAAACCCACGUGGUGACAGGGAGAACGUGCAAGUUGGUGGGAAUUGAAUCUUGCGGCUGGUGCUCUGAAGGGAUGUGGUACUGUGCUCUCACACUAAUGAUGUUAAUGUCACUGCUUGGAGCUUUAAAACCAUUUUGUGAUUACAAUAACCAUGUAUAACUUUUGCAAAGAGAAUCAUUAAACACCUUCAGAUCAGUACAA